AUGAGGUGGUAUGGAGUUCUGUCGAUACUCGCCUCUCUCCUCCUUCCGACGCGUGCCAUAUUCGCCGACGAUGCCUUUCACAUAGACUAUCACCAUGCCCUCCUGGGUAGCCCUCAGGCACACGCUACCUUCUUCCACAAACCCCAGACCUCUACGAAUGCAUCCCUCCUUUACACAAUUUCCGACAAGGCCGUCUUAGGCGCAGUCAACCCCAAAGAUGGCUCAUUGCUUUGGCGCCAACCCCUCGCGGGACGUCCUGUCAAUAAUGCGUCCAGUUCAUUUCUGGUCGCUGGAGAAAGAGACGGUCAGAUCAUCAGUGGAUAUGGUAGAACUGUGGCCUGCUGGGAUGCGUUGAAUGGUCGUCUUGUGUGGGAUUACACUGUUCCCGAAGGGACCACGAUCCAUGGCCUGCAGGCCAUUCCGGUUGGAGGCUCAAACACAAACGAUCUCCCUCAAGACAUUCUGGUCCUGGCCACCCCCGACCACUCAAAUGCCCACGCUAUUCUCAGUCGCAUCGCUGGUGACGGAAGCGGGACGAGAUGGGAGCACAAGGAUUCCAGUCUUUCCCCCAGCUCGUCCGCGUCGAUUGCCGCGUCUUCGCAGCACGUUUACUAUAUCACCAAGUCUCAUGGUCUGUUGGCCAGCAGCAAGGCCAAGGUUGUCACAUUGGAUGGUACUACUGGGCACGAAGCUGGCCAGACCAGCGUCGCGGUUGACUCGGAUCCAUUGGGUGAUGGCGGCGAAUACUCCACGGCCUCAUGCUCAGGAUUCCCUUUCUUGAUUUCCGCCGACAAGGGUUCCAAGUCGGUGAAAUUUAGCCUUCUGACAAAUCCAAACCCAAAGGUUGUGGGCCUCACGCUCGACGACAAAGGUGAAGAUAUUGAAGACAUAACUGUGCACCAUGCCUGCGAUGUUACUGCACCGACACAUUUCCUCCUUCACAUCCGAGGCAAGACAUGCCAAUGGGCAGAAAUAUAUCAUGUGGAUGUCAAGUCAGGCGGAGCCACGAGAGCGUAUCUUUUGCCUGCCACAGAAGAGAAGAGCGCUUUUGCCGCCACCGGCAGUGGUUCGAGUGUGUAUUUCACACGCAGUACAGAGUCUGAGGUCAUUCUGUACUCGUCCGAAUCCCACGGCCAACUUGGACGAUGGCAGAAAACCAGUUUUCGGGCAACCCCAGGCAUUUCUCCUUCCCACACAGUUGCCGAGGUUGUCAGCAAGGGGAAAGCUAGCUUUGCUGUUCGCUUAGCCGAGACCUCACAGAGCGGCAAUUGGUCCUUGGUCCGCAAUGGGGAACUGCUGUGGACAAGACCUGAGAUGUUGGCCUAUGUAAACAUUGCAGCUUGGGCAGAAGAUGCUGGUCCGGACGCUUUGGCAGAGGAACUCGAUCUCGAAUCGUCGGUUAACCCUCUGACAGGCUACAUUCACCGGGUCAAACGCCAUCUUACUGAUCUCGUCAGCCUGCCUAGCUACCUUCAGGGCGUCCCAGAAACGAUUGUGAAAUCGUCCCCCGAGUCAGAUGCCAUUGCCCGCCGAAACCUCGUCGGGACCAAAACAGUCAUCCUUGGCUCCCGUCGACAUGAAUUGAUCGCAUUGGACGCCACGAAUGCCGGCGUCUUUCAGUGGCAAACCGAUCUUUCAUCCCACAUAUCUCCCGGCGCGGAGAUGAAAUCCAUCGUUGUGGACGAGGGAAGGGCACAUGUCUAUCUAUCUGACGGCGCUUUGAUCGUCAUCAAUGCCUCUAAUGGGAAGGUCAUCGAACAUCAGUCUGGACAUGGCCCACUUUCAAACUUGGUUCGCAUUCCUGGUGGUCCUGCACCGGCCGCAAUCAAGGUCGAGGCGGAUGGCACGCCCCGCCCUGCAGAGGAUAGUGCUGCAGUGCAUCCUUUGGAAGGCAACACCGUGGUGACCAUAAGCGACGAUGGGAAGGCUUUCGGCUGGGCUAUAGGUCAGAGUGUCGAGAAAACCUGGGUGCUCGAGCCACGAGACGGUACUAAGAUCAUUAAUGCAGUGGCGCGCGCAGAGCACGAUCCUGUGGCAUCCAUUGGAAAGGUUCUGGGUGACAGAUCCGUUCUGUACAAAUAUCUUUCCCCGAAUGUGGCACUCCUGAUAGCCGAGUCACAUUCCGACUUGACAAUCUACUUGAUCGAUGCUGUCACCGGUGCCGUCCUCCACACAUCAACCCACCAGGCUAUUGUGCCGGGCACGGAUAUUCCCGCCGUCAUGUCCGAGAACUGGUACGCUUAUUCAUUCACAAGUCGAGAUCCGGCCACGGAAGGCAUCGCCACGCAACUGGUCAUUGCUGAACUCUACGAAUCAUCAAUCCCCAAUGACCGUGGACCUCUAGGAUCUCGCACGAAUUUCUCCGAAUUCUCAGUCGAUGCGGGCGUUAGGCCCCAUGUCAUCUCUCAAGCUUUUACGAUCCCAGAGCCGAUUUCCAGCUUGGCGGUUUCGCAGACUGCGCAGGGCAUCACGACACGCCAAGUGCUGGCCACAUUACCAAAUUCAAAUGCAAUCGUCGGCAUUCCCCGCGAGAUACUAGACGCUCGAAGACCGGUUGAUCGUGACCCAACGGCCAGUGAGCGAGAAGAGGGUUUGAUGCGGUAUUUCGCGAAUCUCGAGCUGGACCCCAAGCAUUUCCUGACCCAUGCUCGCGAGGUGGUCGGCGUUCGCAAAAUCAUGGCAUCCCCGAGUUUGUUGGAGAGCACCAGCGUAAUUUUCGCAUUUGGGCACGAUGUGUUCGGCACACAAAUUGCGCCCAGCCUGGCCUUUGACGUGCUAGGGAAAGGGUUCAACAAAGGUCAGCUCGCUCUUACCGUGGUGGCUCUAUUCGCCGGGGUUCUCGCUCUCAGGCCCCUAGCUCGGAAAAAGACUGUAGAAGGCAGAUGGGGGCAGUGA